AUGUCUGCCAACAUUUACGAGAACACUGCUACCUUUGGCAAUGGCGUCAACAAGACUACUGUCAUCAACAACACUGCUGCCGCUACUGGCACUGGAAACAAUGUCAAUAACGAUGGCUCGAUUAACUUUCCCGGCUUUCGGAUACCCCCUCUCGCUGGAGGCGAGUUUAGCGCCAUCCCUAAGGCCUCUAUCAUGUUCGGCGCCAUGUCCUUCCCCAUUGCUAAGAACGAGGCUAUUCACCCUACCACUCUUGACUCUGUCUCCCCUGCUACCAUCACCGAGACUUCUAAGCAGGGUGCCACAGAGCCCAACAAUAAGGAAGAGAUCGAUCCUCUCUUUGACAAGGUAAUUUCUGAACACGACGACAAGCGAGCCAUUAGUGCCAAUGGUCAAGCUGGCAGCCGCGAUGACAACGAUAAUGAAGAUGAGGAUGACAAUGUUUUUGCUGCCACACCGUUCACCUGGAAUCACAUUGCUGCCUCGCAUGAGGCAUAUGUUGCUGCGCAGCAGCAGGCCCAGAAGAGAAACAGCACUGUCAACAAUGGCACCGCCUCUUCGUCUUCUGGCAACCUGCCCACUGCUGCUACUAUUGAUAUCACCAACUCUUCCACCACUGUCACACCGCACUCCAGCGGCAUCAAGACUGUCAAGGCCCAGUCCCAGCCAAUGCGCGCUGCCGCCUCCUCAGCCACUCCAGCAGCUCCCGCGACAAUCGUCAUCGAUGAAGAAGAGGUGCGGCGGUCCGAGGCUGCCGAGCGCAAGCUCGAGGGCAGCCUCGAGCACAAGGACGUACUGGAACUGGGCGGCGGCGACAUCGUCGGCAUCGCCAUGUUCGGGUCGACGCUGCACAAGGCGCUGUUUGUUGACGCUGCUGAGGCGGGCGACAUUCAGUUGCCCGGUGCAGCGGCCGAAGCCGAUACCCCCGCCCGCGCGCCCGUCCCUUCCUCGGCUCCUGCUGCUGCGCCCGUGGUGGCCGCGCUCGUGGAGCCUGCCGAGCCGACCUGUCCUCCGUCCCUACCCCCGCGCCUGGUCGACGUUAAGAUCACCCGACCAGCCGGGACCGGCGGCCCGUUGGGGCCCAAUAAGUGCCCCGAGUUGGGGCAGACGCCGCGCGCCGAUGCGGUGCGCAGAGAGCUCUUCCUCCGGCACGAGGAGGAUGUUCGGCUGCUGUGCCGCUAUCAGGAGGCCUACAAAUCGUGGGCCGAGCAUAUUGCUCGGCUCAAAAAGAGCAAUUCAAUUCCUGUGGAUGGUCUGUUCUCGCCCGAUGGCUCAGUCCCGGUUCCCUCCCCCUCCACCACGACCCCUCCUCUCGACGAGGAGGGUCAGAAGCUCAAGCGCGAGGCUAUCGACGCCCAGAUGGCCUAUCUCCGCAACCACCAAGCCUUCGAGGCUUGGAAGGCCAGCUGCCCCGCAGUGGCCGUCAUUUAUGACGGCAUCCAACGAGAGAUGGAGUUGGUCCAAUCUGGUGCGCGGUUCGAAAACAAACAGCGUAAAGCGAUUGUCGAGGAGGUCAAGGACGAAAAGGAGCGGCAAGCCAGCCUCGCCCAGUUCGAUCAGAUGGCCGCCCUGAUGAGGGAGUCGCGGGAGCACGACUUAUGGCGUCGUCGUGUCGAGGCGAUGAUGGGAGCUGAAACAAUGCUUGUCGAGGCCGAGAAUCGCGCCGUUAAGGAGUGCCAUAAGACCGAGAAGGAAAAUCAACGGGCCGAAGAGGAGGCUCGCAAGAAAGAAGAGGAGGAGGAGGAGGAGGCCUGUCGCCAUGCUGAGGAAGAAGCUCGCCGGAAGGCCGAGGAGGAGGAACGCCAUCGGGCGCAAGAAGCCUGCAAGAAGGCUGAAGAGGAAGCUCGUGGACACGCUAAAGAAGAGGCGCGCAAGAAAGCCGAGGAAGAAGAUGCUGCCGCCAGAGAGCAUGCCCGACUCGAGGAGCAGCAGAGGGCUGCUCAAGCUGAAGCCCUCGCCAACGAUACCCGUGCAGCCGCGUUCGACGAUCUCAAUGGCGACUUCGAGGACCUCGGGUUCUAG